AUGUCUUGCGUCGUGGCUCUCGAUACAUUUGACCCGGUCGGCAUAGAGUAUAUGCGCCAACUCUUUCCGGAGAUCAUCGAGCAGGGAAACCCCUUGCAUCCUGAGUGGCUAGAACAUGCCGUUGGACUCCUUGUAGCUAAGAGUCAAGUGACAGCAGAUAUGAUCAAGCGAGCUAAAAAGCUGAAAUUCAUCGUCCGGCAUGGAGCCGGCUACGACAACAUUGACGCGGAGGCCUGUCGAGCAAACGGUGUGGUACUAUGUAAUGUGCCGGGCAUCAAUGCCGUCAAUGUGGCCGAGGUAGCACUCGCACUAACGUGUGCGUGCGCAAAAAAUCUUGUGGAAGUGACGCGACAGAUGCGGGGUGGCACGAAAUUGAACAAAAGGUGCGAGUCUAUAUAUUCGGCUUCAGUGUUGACUGGCAAGACAUUUGGAAUUGUGGGAGGAGGGCGAAUUGGGCAAAUAACAGCGAAGAAAUUCAUUGGCGCUUUCGAUGGAAAUAUUAUGCUGUAUGAUCCUUUCAUUUCCGACGACAACCCCGGUACCUGGGCCUCAAUCCCGCAUGUCAAGGUAGACUCGCUAGACUCCAUGCUGCCCGUCGUUGACGUGCUUUCCCUCCACGUGCCCCUUCUUCCGACAACUACGGGCAUGAUCCAGCUCCAGCAGCUCAAGGCUAUGAAACCCACUGCUAUAUUGAUUAAUUGUGCUCGCGGUGGCGUUGUGAAUGAGGAGGCGUUGUGGCGAGCACUCAGGGAAAAUAUCAUCGCGUCAGCUGGUGUAGAUGCCUGGGUGAAGGAGCCCCCUACCAGGGAGGUCUAUGGAAAUAUUUUUGAUUUGAGAAACUUGGUGAUGAGCCCACAUAUUGGCGGCUCACCUGCGGAGGUGCAGACGGCAACUUGUAAGAGUAUGUGUGACCAUAUGAAGGAGCUGAUUGAUGGGAAGCCACCGAGAGACAGAGUAGCGUGA